AGAGGGAAUUAACCAUAGAGUGCGAGCAGUGUACCAGACAAGCCUCAGUGGGGCUCAGAGGUGACAGAAUGGCUGGGUGCAUGUGAUCCUGGUGAGUGAGAUGAAUGUUAUUCCUAUUAAGUUGGCACUGAUCCCUGGCUCACACCAUGAAAAUGUUGCAACACUGGCCUUAGAAUGUUGAUAUAGCGUUUGGCAUAACUUGCAAUCUGACCUUAACAUGAGAUAAUCGUUUCAAUCACCAUAAUAAGCCAUGAAGAACCUAAAGUGUCUCUCUUCAUCAUGUUGGACACUGUUUGUCAUCCAGAGAACGAUAGUCUAUGGUACACCAGUCCGCUCUAUGUCCUGUCAUCGCAGAAAUCAGAGUACAGACAGAGCUUUACUACAUCAAGACACAAAACUCCAGGAACAAGUUGGGCAGCGAAAGCAAAGCUUUGCACUCAAAACUCCAAAGGGUACACAUGAUGUUCAUCCACACCAAAUGGCAAUUCGUGAGAAAGUCUUUAACACGGUGGUGAACUGUUUCAAACGACAUGGAGCAGAGAGCAUUGACACCCCUGUGUUUGAGCUCAAGGAAUUGCUGACUGGUAAAUAUGGGGAGGAUUCUAAACUUAUUUAUGACUUGGAAGACCAGGGUGGAGAGCAUCUAUCAUUGCGCUAUGAUCUAACCGUUCCUUUUGCUCGCUUUCUGGCCAUGAAUAAAAUCAGCAAAAUCAAGCGAUACCAAAUUGCUAAGGUGUACAGACGGGACAAUCCUGCUAAAGGACGCUACAGAGAGUUCUAUCAGUGUGAUUUUGACAUCGCUGGGCACUAUGACCGUAUGAUCCCUGACGCGGAGUGUCUGAAGAUUAUUCAUGAGAUACUCAAAGAGCUGGAACUGGGAGAAUUUCUCAUUAAGAUGAAUGACCGAAGGCUUCUGACUGGCAUUCUUACAGUGUGUGGUGUGCCAGACUCCAGGUUUCGAACAGUUUGUACUUCCAUUGACAAAAUUGACAAGAUUCCAUGGGAUAAUGUCAGGAGAGAAUUGAUUGAAGAGAAGAAUCUUUUUCCUGAGACCGUUGACCAAAUCGGAGCAUACAUCAGGCUUAAUGGCGGAGUGGACCUAAUAGAUCGCUUGUAUAAUGAUUCAAAACUUUCCCAGAACAAAUGGGUUAUGGAGGGACUUGGUGACUUGAAUCUACUGUACAAAUAUUUGGAACUCUUUGGUGUUGCAGAUAAGGUUUCUGUUGACCUAGGACUAGCACGUGGGUUAGAUUAUUACACUGGUGUAAUUUACGAAGCCGUGUUGGUCCCUUCAUCUCAACAGAAUAAUCAUUUGCAAGACAUGGUCCACGUUGGUAGUGUGGCGGGUGGAGGACGUUAUGAUGAUCUGGUUGGCAUGUUUGACUCUAAGGGGAGGAAAGUUCCUUGUGUGGGAAUGAGUAUUGGGAUUGAAAGGAUAUUUUCUAUAGUAGAGAAAAAAGCCAUGCAAUCCGUGGAGAAAAUAAGAACAACAGAGACUCAGGUCCUUGUAGCUUCGGCUCAGAAAAUGUUUUUAGAAAAAAGGAUGAGGAUUAUUUCCACUCUUUGGAACUCAGGAAUUAAAGCAGAGAUGCUUUACAAGGAGAAUCCGAAAUUUCUGACUCAGCUGCAUUAUUGUGAAGAGAGGGGAAUCCCUUUAAUGGCCAUUAUUGGAGAAGAGGAACUAAAAGAUGAUGUUGUCAAGCUACGAGUAGUUUCUACUAGAGAUGAGUUUAUUGUCUCCAGUGAAAAUCUUAUAGAAGAAAUAAAAAAGCUGACCAGUCAACGAUAAAUAUCUGCAAACAACAGGAUGUCAUCACAAUCAAGAACUGACCCUACUAUUAAUGUCAGAGUGUAACAGACAAAAAUGUUUUAUUUUUUUUCUUGGGGAAAAUGUGAUCCAUAUAAAUGUGUAAAUAUUAUAUGGACUUCAAUUUGAUUAUUUUUUUCAUAUCGUAUGCCAGCUAAUAAAC